CCGGUUCCCGCCCCUCGGCCGCUCCUCUCCCUGGCGUGACUAGGCACUGAGAGCCCCGGGAGAAGAGGCCGCGGUCGCCACUCUUCCGUCCAGCCGUCGGCCUUCUCGAGUCCCCUCCUUUCUCUCCCGGAUCUUCUGCCCCUUCAGUUUCGAAGUCGGUGGCGUCGCGCCUGCCCUGCCAGCCUUUCUGUGAGGAUGGUGGGAGUGAAGCCGGUGGGGAGCGACCCGGAUUUUCAGCCGGAGCUGAGCGGCGCGGGCUCCAGACUCGCGGUGGUCAAGUUCACGAUGAGAGGGUGUGGGCCAUGCUUAAGGAUUGCUCCAGCAUUCAGUUCUAUGAGUAAUAAGUAUCCACAGGCCGUUUUCCUGGAAGUGGACGUACAUCAGUGCCAGGGAACAGCUGCCACCAACAAUAUAUCUGCAACACCUACAUUUUUGUUUUUCCGGAACAAAGUAAGAAUUGAUCAUUAUCAAGGAGCAGAUGCUGUGGGCUUAGAAGAAAAAAUUAAGCAGCAUUUAGAAAAUGACCCAGGAAGCAAUGAGGACACAGAUAUCCCGAAAGGCUACAUGGAUUUAAUGCCCUUUAUUAACAAAGCUGGCUGUGAGUGUCUUAAUGAAAGUGAUGAACAUGGAUUUGACAACUGUUUACGGAAAGACUUGUCCUUUUUGGAAUCCGACUGCGAUGAACAGCUACUUAUUACCGUGGCAUUCAAUCAGCCUGUUAAGCUUUAUUCCAUGAAAUUUCAAGGGCCAGAUAAUGGUCAGGGUCCGAAAUAUGUUAAAAUUUUUAUCAAUCUACCCCGAUCCAUGGAUUUUGAGGAGGCAGAAAGAAGUGAACCAACACAAGCUCUGGAACUAACAGAGGAUGAUAUUAAAGAAGACGGUAUUGUCCCACUUCGUUAUGUUAAGUUUCAGAAUGUUAACAGUGUAACUAUAUUUGUUCAGUCCAAUCAAGGUGAAGAAGAAACAACAAAAAUUUCGUAUUUUACUUUUAUUGGUACUCCAGUCCAAGCAACAAACAUGAAUGACUUCAAACGACUUUUUUAAUCCAACUCAAAUGAACUAAACACAGAAGACUUUUUAAAGUGAAGUAAAAUAGAGACUGACCUUAUCUCACUGCUCCUCUCCUUGCUUCUCCGCUCACCUCGCACCUGUCUGCUCUCACCCUUCCCAUGUCCUCGCCAUUGCUGGGGCAAGAUCUCCACAGCUUCUACCAUCUGGAGCGGCAUUCUCGUGACCUCUAGCACCUCACCACCUCUUUCUUCUGAUCCCAUCCUACUCAUCUUUCUCAGUUGGCCUUUAUGUUUUGUUUCGGGCUUGCAACUAUAUGAUUUCAUCACCAUCCCUUGUUGCUCACCCAGCUUUUAUGAUUUUGGGUUUUUUUGCCGUUCUACUGUCUCUUUAAUAUUAUACCACAUUUUGGGAAGUCAGCAUAUUAAAACUUGCAUCAUUAUAAGUAGCUUUCAGAUUGAACAAGUUGUGUGAUGAUGCUUUAAUUCUAUCUAACUUUAAUUUUCAUUUUUAAGCUCUAUAGACUCAUUUUGGAAAAUGGGUAUGAACGAUGUUUAUCAGAUUCUUUCAUACGAUGACUAUUACAGUACCACUGGGUCUGGGUUUUCUUUUCUCAUUGGGAUGUUGGCUCCAAAGCCUGUUUCAGUGACUGAUGUGGGUGUACUCCCUACUGCUGGCAUGGAAGAUCAGUGAAUUGUUUACUGAAUAAACUAUCUUUGACACCCAG